UCAACAACAAAUUUGCUUGAUAAUGAGACAAUUAUCUUGUGCCCUAUUAGGCUGGGUCUAAUAUACGCGGACAUCGGCUGGUGAAAUGACUAUUCGCAGCAGGUCUUCGCCAAUUCAGUGGAAUAAAGCCAGAGAGACAUAGUAGUGUUCUAGUAUUGUACAACAAGGUUACACUUCACUUUGAAUAACACGGCGACUAGGGAGCAAGCGGAGUAGAGCUGACAGAUAUCUCAGUGCAAAGCUUCGCGUUAUGGAAACUGAACAGAACAAGCCUUCAUCCAUGGGCCCCACUUCAUCUCGAAGUAGUUCAUUUACCGUCGAGGCACUGAUAUCGAAACCAGUACACAAAACAAGCAAUAUCAUUAACGACACCAAUUUAGGAAGUCAAAGUAACUUUUCAGUUGAGAGAAUUUUGAAUAAACAACAUUCAAGAGACGAGGAAAACGACAGCAAAGUUGACGUGUCUUCUCCAGACAAGAGAUGUGCAGGGGAAGAAGAAGACAGCUCAUCAGAUUAUCCAUGGAUGCAUUCAACUCGCUACGACCCUCCACCAAGAAUACGUUCAAGGCUUAGCCCGUCCAAAUGUCAGCUUCGCAAGCAUAAAGCAAAUCGCAAACCUCGUACGCCUUUCACAACUUCACAACUUCUUGCUCUGGAAAGAAAGUUCCGCCAGAAACAGUACCUGUCUAUCGCGGAAAGGGCCGAGUUUUCUGCAUCAUUAAAUUUGACCGAAACACAAGUGAAAAUUUGGUUUCAAAACCGAAGAGCAAAAGCAAAAAGACUUCACGAAGCUGAACUCGAGAAACUAAAGCUUGCAACUAAGCCUUACAUAUCUCCUGGCUUUACCUCUACAAUGGGUAAUGUCUCCAUGUGUUGUGAUUCAUCAUGCAAUGGUACUUUCGCGUUCCAGCCUUAUUCGCAUCUAACUCUACCAUCAAACAACUACAGUCAAUCGGCGAUGGGAUUUUUUUACCGAACACCUUACGGGAUUCCCCCUGGAUAUAACAACUAUAUGCCCCACUAAUACAAUCUAUGUUCGUCAAACUAUAUAUCCCAUCGACUUGAAGGUGAGAUGGAGGACAAUGAAAAACGCUCUUUUAUUUAAAUUAAAAUGUAUCCAUCCAGUUUUUCCCUCUGAUGGAUUGAACAAAAUGUCUAUCAUGUCCUUUAGAAGGGCAGUAUAUUGUAAUAUAGCAGAAUAUUCUAAUUGUACAUAACUUCGAUACAUGGCUUCCUUGCACGAGACUCGAAUUUACUUAUGUUCUUAAUUUUUUGUGCUAUUUUCUUUCUCAACUGUCACAUUCUAUACGAUUAAAACACAGAAAAUAAAAAUUUAAAGAAAGA